UCAUGUACUCUCCCAAGUGCUUACACAUCGCAGGGAAGAUGAUGCGGUUGGUGUUGCCACCUCUGCUGUUGCUGCUGUUGCCACCGCCGGGGCAGAUGGCACCCAAAGACGGAGGCUUGAGGCUGGAUGCUGCAGAAUGGGCCAAGCCCCUGCCCAAUCCCUUCCAGCCGGGACAGGAGCAGCUGCGGCUGCUGCAGACACACCUGAAGGGCCUGGAACAGGCAGCUGGAGACCCAGAGCACAUGGACCGGGAGCAGGUGCUCUUAUACCUCUUGGCGCUGCAUGACUACGACCAGAGUGGACGGUUGGAUGGGCUGGAGCUGCUGGACCUGCUGGGAGUGGUCCUGACUCCGAGAGACGCUGCUCCACCCCCCUCCACCUCCCAGGUGAUUGACCUGGUCGACACUAUGCUGGAGACCCGGGACUUCGACGGAGAUGGACUGCUGACGCCUGCGGAGUUACUGGCCCUCCCCGGGGACACGCCAGAAGACCAAGAGGACCAAGACUCGCUGGCUCCAGUGCUCCUGGGCUCCGAGCAGGUUGGCGAGGAGGUGCCAGAGCCUGCAAUUCCAUUGGAACAAAGAACGGGAGAGACUGGAGAGCUGGGGGAAGCUGUAAGGCCCAGCAAAGAGGCUUUGGAGCUUACAGGGGAGGCCGAGCAGCUGGGAGGGGCUGAAGGAGAGGCUGAGGGACUGGGAGAGGCCACAGGAGGUAGAGGGGAGGAUGAGGGGCCGGGGGAAGGGGCUUCAGAGCAGGGGAAGCUCCAGGCGGAAUUUGAAGAAAAUGUGCCGGAGGAGGCCCACAGCGUCCACAUAGAGAAUGAGGAGAUGUAAGCUCAGGCACCUAGGGAACAGAGAGUAGUUCUCAGGGUUGAGGGGCUGCUGGCAGUUCCUGGGGUGGUCCCGGGGCCACCCGUCCUUCCUGCUCCUAGCCCCAACAGAGCCUCCGCUCUCUCUGCAGUCCAGCGGGAAGAGAGGCCCUGAAUGACAGGGCCCGGGGUUCAGCACAGCUAAUAAAAAACUCC